UGGAAAUGAAAAUUUCAACCUUUUCCCCCUUUUCUCUUAUGACUUAUUAGUCGUGAAUAUCCAAUCCUUCGUUCUUUCGAGUUUUGACCAUCAUCUAGAAAUACAAAAUUUACCACGAAGAAAGGGGAGUACAAGGGCCACUGGGAUUUAAAAGAAUUUUUAAAAUACUUGGUCCAGACGUCAUACACAUUACCCAUCGCCUCCUCCCUCCUUCCUCUCCUCUCGUUGAUUUUUCAACCGACCCAGUUGUCUUCUUUGCAAACCCAUCUGUAAGAUCGGUAUUUCCCGCAAGACCUUUUAAUGGUUGACCAGAUUUCGGUUUCUCUUGACAGUUGAGAUUAUUCAGGAGCCGGGAAGUAGCGGGGGAGGGGAACGCUUAGUUAAUCCAUAACAGGAAGACAUCUUUGAAGAUUAUGACCACUGUUCUGAAGAAGUCUACUUCAAAUGGCCAUGACAAACUGCCAAAGUAUGAAGAGCAGCAGGCGAAGAUUAAUGAAGUGAGACGUAUGAUAGGGCCAUUGCCUGAGAAGUUGUCCAUUUACUGUUCUGAUGCAUCAAUUGCAAGAUAUUUGCGGGCACGAAACUGGAACGUCAAGAAGGCAACUAAAAUGCUAAAAGAGACAUUGAAAUGGAGGCUUGAGUAUAAGCCAGAAGAAAUCCGCUGGGAAGAGGUUGCCCAUGAAGCUGAAACAGGAAAAAUAUACAGAUCAGGUUAUGCUGAUAAGUAUGGGCGAACUGUUCUUGUCAUGAGGCCUGGUUGUGAGAACACAAAGUCAACGAAAGGAAAAAUUAGGUACUUGGUGUAUUGCAUGGAGAAUGCAAUUUUAAAUCUAUCACCAGAGCAGGAGCAGAUGGUUUGGCUCAUUGAUUUUCAGGGCUUCAAUAUGUCAAAUAUUUCAGUGAAGGUAACACGGGAAACAGCCCAUGUUUUACAGGAUCAUUACCCAGAAAGGCUUGGUGUGGCGAUUCUGUACAACCCACCCAAGUUUUUUGAAUCCUUUUGGACGGUGGUGAAACCCUUUUUAGAGCCCAAAACUUACAGGAAAGUAAAGUUUGUUUACUCUGACGACCUUAAUUCCAAGAAGAUAAUGGAGGACCUCUUCGACAUGGACAAGCUUGAGACUGCUUUUGGAGGAAAUAGCCAGCUGGGUUUCAACAUUAGCAACUAUGCCGAGAGGAUGAGAGAAGACGACAAGAGAAUGCCCUCAUUUUGGACAAGAGGGAGUCCUACGGCCCCAGAAACUACUCCAAAUACGGUCCCAUGUUUUAUUACCAUCAACUCAGGAUCCGAUUCUGAUGACUCUGAUAAGGAGCAAGCGAACAACACUUGUGAUAAAGGAGUUGAUUCUGAAGAAUGCUCCCCUGAUAAUAACUUAACAGUGGCUAACAAUAGUAACAACUGUGCUGGAGAUUCAAGUUCUGGUGAAAGGUCAACUAACCUUCCAGACCUUGGUAAAGUGCACUUAUCCUAGGGAUCCAACUAACACUUUGACAUCCUUAGAUGCUUGCAACCAAUAUAUGAAAAAUAUUUGUUCUUUUUCUUUUCUUCUUAGCCAUGUGGACAACAUGUAUCUGAUUUCUGGACAGUUUUUCUUCGAGAAUAGAAGCAAUGAGUUCCAAUUAAGGCGUUUUUACAGA